AUGCAGAAACCCUGCAAUAAUGCUAAUUUAACCCAUCUAAUCAGUGUUCAGGAGGAAGUAAUUAACAGCAAUUCAUCACCUGCUAUCAAAAACAUGAAGAAAUUCAUACAAUCUAAAAUAAACCAUACGGAAAACAUUCCGAAUCAAAUUGCCGAGACCACAGCACCAUCGCCUGCCGAGAAGAAACCCCACGUCACUCCUGCAAAUGUACAGCCACCAUUACCAUUAGUGCCUCCACCGCCUGACAUACCGUGGACUCCAGUGAAAGUAAAAGAGGAAGUCGAAGAUGCCGAGUAUAAGCAGGAGUUUAAAUAUGAGGCGAAAGAAGAAAAAACUGAGCAAGAAGAUGUUAAACCUCGCGAAGUAUGUCGAGACUUUAUACGUGGCACUUGCAAGCGUGUUGGUCCAUGUAGGUACGCUCAUAAGUUUGACCUAUCUCAGCUUGUUGGGGUUUUUACGUUCUGUCGAGAAUUUCAGACUAAACGCUGUUCAUAUCCUAAUUGCAAAUAUGUGCAUGCUGAUGUUUUUGAGGAGCAAAACUUUUAUCGUACAGGAUAUUUACCUCCUCGUGCUUUUGCUCAUCAGAAAAAAGCUCCCGAGGCUACAAGUACUACCACAUCUACCACAGUCACCAUGACCCCAAUGAUUCAAAAUCUUGCACCACCACCCCCACCACCAGAACCAGAAGAACAGCAAUCUCAUCUGCCCCCAGAGUUUGGAUUUUCAAAACCUCCACCAACAUUGCCUGAUAAUUUGUUAAAGGAGUAUGCAGCUUUGCAUUCUACUGACCCCAUCUUAGAUAUGGUUCAAUCCAACCCUCUGAAACGCUCGUGGAAUUCUUUGGAUGGAUGUGGGUUAUUAGAUCUAGAACUAAAUCUAAGUAAUCUUAAUAAAUGUAAAAACUGUGACAUACUGGAGUUUUGCCUCCAACACAGCAGGAGCAAAUUACAGAAAAUUAUAGUUAGUUCUGAGGCUUUAAAGGUUAAAUGUGACAAAUUAGAUCGUAAGAUUGCCAAAUUAGAUUCUAUUCUUAUGAAAGUCUUACGACCAAAUCAGUCAUCAUUUUUGUCAAGUGCUCAUGACUUGCAAUAUAGUAGAGAUAUAUUGUCGUGGGAAAAAAUUUCUUCAUUGUGGAAUUUAUAG